AUGUCCGGCGCAAGGCAUUGGGAGCAAGACAAGGAGGCCACAGUGUACAUCGGAAAUCUCGACGAGCGCGCCUCGGACAGCUUGGUAUGGGAACUGAUGCUGCAGGCAGGCCGCAUCGUCAACGUCCACCUGCCCAAAGACCGAGUCACGCAGUUACACCAAGGGUAUGGAUUUGUGGAAUUUAUCAGCGAGGAAGAUGCCGAAUAUGCCUCGAGGAUCAUGAAUGGGAUUCGUCUGUUCGGCAAACCAAUCCGUGUGAACAAGGCAUCGGCGGACAAGCAGAAAUCCGUGGAAAUCGGUGCAGAGCUCUUUGUCGGAAAUCUGGAUCCCAUGGUCGCCGAACAAGUUCUCUACGAUACGUUCAGCCGCUUCGGCAAUUUGGUCAACCUUCCCAAGAUUGCGCGCGACGACAAUAAUCUAUCCAAGGGAUACGGGUUCGUUUCCUUCGCUGAUUUCGAAUCAUCUGAUGCGGCCAUCGCCAAUAUGAAUGGUCAAUAUCUCAUGAAUAAACAAGUCUCCGUGCAGUACGCAUACAAAAAGGAUGGCAAAGGAGAGAGACACGGCGAUGAGGCCGAGCGAAUGUUGGCGGCACAGGCUCGGAAACACAAUGUUCAGCCACCAAUGCAGCAGAUACCACCCCCGUCGUUCGCCGGUGCUGGACCGGGCUCUUCUGCGACUCCGGCGAUACCAAACGGCGAUAUUUCUCGGCCAGUGAGCACUGGCCCCCAGGCACCCGAUUUAAGCAUGGGCAGAGGAAUGCCAGCACCGAUGCCCUACCAAAAUGUGCCACCUCCUCAGGGUCGGCUUGUUCCUCCUGGCCCGUCACUCGCGACCCCGCCGCCAGGGUUACCGGCGCGGCCACCGCCGUCUCAAGCUGGCUACGGCGGUCCCCAGACCUUCCUUCCACCAGGGUUCAACGGAGCUGGCCAGCAGCCACCUUAUGCGCCUCAAGCUGCGCCCUCACCAGGGUUUGGGCCUCCCGGGUUUGGGCCUCCAGUGGGCGCCCCCGGAGCACCCCCGUCACUACCUCCUGGCUUUCAACAACCGGGCUAUGGAAACGGUCGCUGA